AUGCCUGCGGGCUGCCGACUCCACGGCGUCGGUUUUGGGUCACUUAACGGCCGCUGUGGCGCAUGCCCCGAAGACAUUUUUCUCCGGAUCUUCCGAACCCUGGCGACCACGGCCCUCAGCGCCUCCGCAUCCCAGGCCCUCGCGCUGCGGGCGGCCUGCCCCUGCCGCGACUGUUGGCUGCGGCCCGGACGGGCGGCCACGCUGCGGGCUCGGCGGCUGUUAGGUCCGCGGAGCCCCCGCUGCGAGCCUCCUCGUGCGCGGAAGAGACGCGGGUGUCGGCCCGGCCAAUGGCAGGCGGCGGGACGGGCGCCGAGCGCGCGAGCCUGCCAGCCCCCAGCUCACGGCACGAGGCCCUGCUUGGACGCAGGCCGGGUAAAGUUGGUCCCCCGCCCGCCCAAGCUCUCAAACACAUCCUUUCGGCUUCCUUUUCAUAACCGCGUACAGCUAGAAGGACCGCCUGGUCCCAGAAAACUUGGAGUGCUGUGCCCUCCUUUCCGUCAACUCCACGCUGGCCGUAGACAACCAGAGAAGCAAUGGAACCCUGACUACGACAACUACUGUGGGCGGUGGUCUUCCCUGUCUUCAACUGAACGAAAAGGAGAGAGCCGAGGCUUUCGUUCUGCUCCUUGAGCACCAUCUCACCAGCUGACUCAAGCUCUUGCUCCUGUGUCCUUCCCCACAGACACCCCCGCCCCCGGGGAAUGUAACCUGGAGCUUUUAGCCAGAAUAAUCCCUUCCCUCCUAGCAUUGCUUUUUUUGGGCUAUUUCAUCACAGUAAGACAGCAGCAGUAAGGCCCAUUAGGGAAAAAUUAGUUCUUUCUGGUAAAGAAAAUUAAGUCUCUGACCUAGGUGAACACCUAACAUUCCAUUUGGUCUGGUUAACCACCUGGUUAACCGCUCCUCCCCUGUUUGUAUAAUGUUGUUUUAAAGUAUAUACACCUUACCCUUGUUCAUUCAAAUGCUGAUUUCUUCCCCCACCCCACCCCCUGAUUUCAAUCCAGAUAUUGCAUUGUGAUACUCAUUCUAAGCAUCCAGUCUCAACUCUUGUGUAAACAGACACUAAAAUAAAGCAACUAGACACAAUGUUGAGCAGGGAGGAGCCAGAGAACAAGAAAUGAGUGGGAGGAAAAAGGAUGAGGAGAGCUAGGAGAACAGAGCUGGAGGAGAGAUCUUGGAACUACGUGGAGAGAUGGACUGGACCUAAGAUAUCACUAAAAGCAAGGAUAAUGUGGGAAACCUAAAUGUUAGGAAACUAUGAGGGCUUGGAGGUUUAGGAUGGAGUAGCUAUUGCCCAGCAUUGUGUUCUAGGUAAACUAAAUAAACCCAGUGUCUGUGUGGUGAUUUGGUUAUACGGCUGUUAGGAUUAACAGCAGCUUUACUAAAAGAAUAUCAAUAGUAAAUACUAAUCACCGCUUACAACACUCCCCCAAAAAGGUUCAUGUAUUGAAGGACUAGUCUCCAGCUAGAUAGAGUCACUAUUGAGAAGUAACUAGAUGUUGGUGUGUAUAGGGUAACGAUCCAUUGAAUGUUCAACUGAAUUACCUGAGUGGACUAAGGGGAGUCCCGACUGUGAGAAGGAAUUCACUGGUGCUUCCCAUUGUUGUAACAUCCUACCUUACCUCAGGCACAAAGUAACUGUGCCAUCUGUUGUGGUAAAUAUUAAAAUGAAGUGUGGGCUAUAUAAUGUUUGCUAUAGCCUUAUGAUUAUCAGGGUGGUAUUAUCUAACCAGCUAUCACAAAUAAUAAGACACAGACACCUGUUCGACUUAUAAUUGCCUUAUUUACCUUGGGCCAGGCAGAUAUUUUCCUUACCCUGUCUCAAUAUCCUCACCAUCCAUCACCCAGUCACCAUCCAAUGCCAUCUCCUUAAUCCUGGCUUCCACCCAUAAACUUAUAAAUACUUGCUUUCAUUCUUCAUCUGGUCCUUUUCACACCAUUAUUGGAGUCCUUCCUUCUGGCCCCAUAUAGUUUCUUUUCCAGCUAACCCACACUGAUGUCCUCCUCCUUCCGGUUUCCUGUGAUUCUCCUCAAAAGCCUGGGAACCGUAGCCAUGCCUACCCCAUUCUGCCCUGCCCAGGUAUAGGCUGUUUAAUUAACCAAUCAGAUAUGUCUUGGACAGGUUUACACAAACAAGGAUGAGUGUAUCUGGCAGGCAGUAACCAGACCUUGAGGGCCAGUAAUUAGCAUUAGACCAACCUCUAACAGCCAUCAGAACUUGGAUUGACACCUCUGGAAUCAUAAACCAAGAUCCCUACUUUGAGGCAUUUUAUCUCUGAUGUUUUUUCACAACAGACAGAUCUAGAAUUUUUUCUAGUCGGCCCUUUUAUGGAUGUAAAUUCCUCAUGACCAGUUCCCUCGUCAGAUUUGCCUAUUUUAUUCUCUCUUGAAUUCCUGCAAGGCUCUGAACUGGGUCACCAAGCCUAAAAAUCACCCUUAUUUCUGUUCACUCUGCCCAUCCCAAAUUGAACAGUCAACAAACUCCAAACGUCAAGCUGUGAGCUGCAUCUGUGCCUUUCCACAGCCAACACCUUUUUGUUGCUGUUGUUUCUUUUUUCCUUUUUGUUUGGUUUUUCAGGACAGGGUUUCUCUGUGUACUCUUGGCUGUCCUGGACUCAGUUUGGAGGCCAGGCUGUCCUGGAACUCACAACAAUCUGCCUGCCUCGGCCUCCUGCAUGCUGGGAUUAAAGACAUGCACCACCACUCCAGGGUUAGACUUUUCUUUAAUGUAGCCUUUGUCAUAUGACAGGUUUGUUGGGAAGAAGUUUAUUGUAAUAGUGAAACUGCAGCAUGGCUAUCUGCUGGGUGGUAGAGGGAGAAGAGGCAGAAGCAUUUAGGGUAGUCCAAAGCUGCCAUGGCUGCCUCUUGAGAGACAGAAAAUAGCAAACAGUGGGGAAAGCCUUGCUGGUUUUACAGAGAUCAGGUAGCUGCAGGGUUCAGUGAGGUGUGCAAGCCAGAACAUCUUGAGAGCUGGCAUGGGGCUUUGAUAUGUAUUAUAGUAUGUACUAAUAGGGAGCUAGAAGCCCCAUUUGCCAGAGGUAAGUGGCUCUUCCUGGAAGACAGGUUCCUGAGGACUGCUGAGUGUAAGCUCAGAUCUAUCCACCAGCAGCCUAGGCUGAGCCCACAUGUCAUUUAGGACAAGGUCAGUGGCACUGUCAUUUUGGGGGUUAGAGAGACAGAACAUAACAUCACCUUUCUCUCCUUAGAUUGUUCCUGUCAGGUAUUUUGGUCAAAGCAUUGAAAAAUAACUGACACUACCAAUAAUUGACAGAUGUGAAUGUGUAAAAGUUCAUCUUCCUGCUCCCAGGCAAAAACAAACUUCCAUUGUUCAAGCCAUCUCUUCUGUGAGGUUCUGUUACAGCAUCCCAAGCAGACUAAUUACUAAGUUAUAUAUAAACUAGAUAAUAUUCUACCCAGGAAUAAGACAACAGCCUCCAAGCCAGGUGGUAGUGGCACACGCCUUCAAUCCCAGCACAGGAGCCAGAGGUAGACAGAUCUUUGAGUUCAAGGCCAGCAUGAUCUACAAAGUGAGUCCAGACAGCCAAGGCUAUACAGAGAAACCUUGUCUUGAAAUCCAAAAAAUAAAAUAAAAAUAAACUUUAAAAAAGAGCCAACAAUCUUUGAGGUAUCGUCUCUUUCAAACCAGAAAAUACAGACAGAAAAUCCUAUCUUACCUAUUUCUCUCAACUAAAAAUAGAUUUUUUUCCAUGUAAUAUAUUUUUAUUACAGUUUCACCUCCCCUGUUCUUCCCAUAUGCUCCCUACCUAUCCAGAUCCACACCCUUUCUUGUUCUCAUUAAAAAAUAAGAAAAAGAAGAAGUAGAAGAAAAGAAAAGAAACACACCUGAAAUGUAUCUGUUGUCUACUCUUCAGUGUUAUGAACUGUUUGGACCUCUUACUGUUAGGUAGUAAUUCACAGAACAGUACCAUUCUCCAGAGAGAU